AUGAAAGGGUAUCAAAAGCAUUUGUUGACAAAUAUAUGGUUUCCUAUAUCAAAAGAAAAGCCUGAUAAUGGCUUUAAGGGAGAUAUUUAUUUUUAUGUAGACUUAAAUACCGAUCAGAAGAGUCGGGCUGAUUUUAAGUUUUCAGACACUGACACGAAAGAUAGUAAACCUAUGAGAUAUGUCGCUCGCACAACCGUACGCAUGUUUCUGGAAGCAAAAGAGAAAAUGCUUGAUUCAUCUACAAAGCAAACACAUGAUUGGACUGGUCUUAUCGGCCAAGUGAAAGAAGCAUUUCGCAAAGAUUCACCGCAACCUUAUCGACAAUCUAAUGACGAGAAUUUAAUGUCGUACAUUUAA